UCCAAAAGCAAAUAUUACACUUCCAGUUGUUGGCGCCUGGGCUAGCUACAUUCAAAAAGCAAGAAAAUGGCCAAGGCUGGUAGAUUCUCCAACGUCCAUGCAGUUCACUUACUUUGGCAUCUGCUAUUCAUUGCCCCCUCCCUCUGCUGCAUUCCGCGCGAGAGGGCCGCGCUUCUCUCCUUCAAAGCAGGCGUCGUAGAUCGUCAGAACGUCCUCUCAUCUUGGCAAGGCCAAGACUGCUGCGGGUGGAAGGGCGUCGCGUGCAGCAACAGAACGGGCCAUGUCGUGAAGCUCGACCUUCGCAACACCGACAUCGACAGUCCCGUAGAUAUGUCUUUGUACGGUGAGAUCAGUCCUUCUCUGCUUGCUUUACGACAUAUAAAUUACCUCGACCUAAGCAUGAACAGCUUUAAUAGCGGCCCGAUACCAAAGUUCAUUGGCUCUCUUGAGAAGUUGAGGUAUCUCAACCUCUCUGGAGCCGGUUUUAUCGGUGCAAUACCACCUCAGCUUGGCAAUCUCUCUCGCUUGCGAUAUCUUGAUAUUCAAAAUGAAUAUUAUUAUUACCACAACAAUUAUAAUUAUAAUUAUUAUUAUUAUUUCAACUACAGUUAUUUUUAUUACAUCACCCAUCGCAUGUACUCAGUUGAUCUCUCGUGGUUACCGCGCCUUGCUUCUUUGAGGUACCUCGAUAUGAGCUUCGUGGACCUCUCCGCCGUCGUAGAUUGGGUUCAAGUGGUGAACAUGCUCCCUUCUCUGCAAGUUCUAGGACUAUCCAGUUGCGGGCUUUAUAAUAAAACAAUCGCUUCUAUUCCUCGUUCUAACCUCACAGCACUCAUGAACAUUGAUCUAGGAUUUAAUCUCUUCGACAGCGCUACCAAGCUCGACUGGUUGUGGAAUAUAGUUAGCCUUAAAUACGUCAACCUAGAAGAAAAUCUAUUGUCCGGUCCUUUUCCUGAUGGUCUCGGAAAUCUGACUUCCCUUGAGGCUCUUUACCUAACAGAUAAUAUAUUUGUGGGACUGUUGCCGGGAACCUUGAAAAAUUUAUGCAACUUGAGAAUGCUAGAUCUAACAUUUAACCAACUGAAUGGAGAUAUAACGGAAUUGGUGCAGAGGUUGCCACGUUGCGCAUGGAACAAGCUAGAGAUGUUGGUGCUCGACAGCACCAAUUUGCAUGGGAACUUAUCAAAAAAUUGGCUAGAGGAUAUGACCAGUCUGAACAUGCUUGUUCUUCAUAAUAACACGCUUAAUGGAUCGAUUCCUCCAUCAAUAGGAAAACUUGAAAAGUUGGUUUACCUGGACUUGAGCUACAAUAGCUUCAGCGGUGUAAUAACGGAUGAUCAUUUUGCGAGGCUAACAAGAUUAGAGAUAUUGAUCUUGUCCAGGAACCCUCUGACCAUCACAGUGGACCCAACUUGGGUUCCGCCGUUUAGAUUAGAACUUGCUGACUUUGGCUCCUGCAAGCUAGGGCCCCAUUUUCCUGCGUGGCUUCAGAGUCAGUCAACAAUUUCUACGCUCGACCUCUCUGAUACAGGAAUAUCCGGCCCAGUACCUUCUUGUUCUGGAAUGUGUUUUCUCGAGCUUCAGUUUUGGUUCUGUCGAAUAAUCAAAUUGUCGGCAGGCUACCUGCAUCUUUGGAAACCAUGUCAACGGAGACAAUGGACCUUAGCUCCAAUCAGCUCGAAGGUCCGCUACCACAAUUACCUGCAAAUCUCACCGAGCUGCGGAUCUCCAAAAAUUCAUUAUCAGGACCACUGCCAACAAAUUUUGGAGCUCCGUAUUUGGAAGCUUUGGCUCUUUCAAAUAAUCGUAUCAGUGGCACCAUCCCAUCCAUCUUCCUUAUGCCAGUCAUUGGAGUACUUGCAAUUUGUAGAUUUAUCAAACAACCUUCUAACAGGAAUGUUUCCUCCAUGUUCGAUGGACCCCGAGAUGGCUGGCUUAGCAGGAGUGCCGCUUUUGGUCUUAAGCCUAAGCAACAAUAGCCUCGUCGGUACAUUCCCUUCGUUCCUACGAAACUGCAGAAAUCUUGCCAUACUAGAUCUAGCCUAUAAUAAAUUCUCCGGAAUCUUACCUGCAUGGAUAGGUGAGAAAUUGCAAUCUUUGGCAUUCCUGAAGUUGAGGAAUAAUAUGUUCUCUGGCUCCAUUCCUUUUCAACUAACGAAACUUGAGCGACUUCGAGUUCUAGACAUCGCACACAACAAUCUCUCAGGAAAGAUUCCUCCGCCUCUCGCAAAUUUCACAGCAAUGGCUCUACGGCUGCCCGAUCAUGGUUUUGUGCAAGGAUACUGGAGUGAUUAUCCGGGAGGCUAUGAUUCUUUUACUUACACGGAUGGCUUUUCUGUGGUCACGAAAGGGCAAGAGCGCAAUUACUCCAGCUCAUCCCCAUUCAUGGUAAGCAUAGAUUUAUCAUCCAAUAACUUACAUGGAGUGAUCCCUGAAAAAAUAGGUGCUCUACUUUGCUUAACUAACUUGAACUUGUCGAGAAAUCACCUAAGCGGAAACAUUCCGAGGAGCAUCGGCCAGCUGCAGUCAUUGGAAUCUCUCGACCUGUCGAACAAUGAGCUUUCUGGAGCUAUUCCUCCGAGCAUGUCGAACUUAAGUUCGCUAGGCUGGUUGAACUUGUCCUACAACAAUCUGUCAGGGCGGAUACCGUUCGACCACCACCUCCAGACGUUCGACGACCCAUCGAUCUACAUCGGCAACCCCGGACUUUGCGGGCCUCCUCUCUCCGACGAAUGUUCGACAAAUCAAACAUCUCCUAAUAAUAAUAUCACAGAACAUGAGAGUGCAGUGUCAGAUGCGGCAGUCUUCUACUGUGUGGUAAGUGUUGGAUUUGUCACGGGGCUUUGGGUUGUUUUCGGCACCUUAUUUUUCGUUAGAAUUUGGAGAAUUGCUUAUUUUCGCUUCGUAGACAACACGUAUGAUAGGCUGUAUGUGCAAGUGGCCGUGAACUGGGCUCGGUUGGUGAGAAAAAUAGACACAAUGAGAGGGAAAAUUGAGGGGGGUAACAACAUGGUGCAGUAUUAAAGUAAUGGAGUACGUUAUGGGGUUAAUUUGUCGUGCUAAGUCAAUUAGCUAUGAAGGAUUGUAUGUGUAUUUCCCUUGUUGGUUUGUUCUGGUAUUUGAAUGUUGUGGCUAAUUAUGCAAUACAUGAUAAUUAAUGAGCUUGCUUUAUUAUAAA